CCAGCGCUGAGCCCCGGACCCUCCGUGAACCUCCGAGGCCCCGGCCCAGAGCGGCCGCCUCCCCAGCGCUGAGCCCCGACCCCUCCGUGAACCUCCGAGGCCCCGGCCCAGAGCGGCCGCCUCCCCCGCGCUGAGCCCCGGACCCUCCGUGAACCUCCGAGGCCCCGGCCCAGAGCGGCCGCCUCCCCAGCGCUGAGCCCCGGCCCCUCCGUGAACCUCCGAGGCCCCGGCCCAGAGCGGCCGCCUGGGACCUGGGAGGAGCCGCCUCCACGACGCUGAGGCCCGGGCCCCCGCCGACGGCGCUCUGCAUCUUCUCCGACAUGUCGCCCACCGUCUCGCACGAGGACAGCAGUCGGCAGCGGCGGCCGGGGACGUUCAACCACUCCCUGGAUGUGAAGAGCGGCCCCCUGCCGCCCGGCGGCUGGGACGAGCCCCCGGAGCUGGCGGGAGGGGAAGAGGACGGGGAACCCCUUCUGCGGGGCGCCCGGCGGAGCUGCCGGGCCGAGCUCAGCAGCAUUUUCCUGCUGCUCUUCCUUUACGUGCUCCAGGGCAUUCCGCUGGGCCUGGCGGGGAGCAUCCCGCUCAUCCUGCAGAGCAAAAACGUCAGCUACACAGACCAGGCUUGCUUCAGUUUUGUCUUUUGGCCCUUCAGCCUCAAGUUGCUCUGGGCCCCCUUGGUUGACGCCGUCUAUUUCAGGAACUUCGGCCGCCGCAAGUCCUGGCUGGUGCCUACACAGUACACCCUGGGGCUCUUCAUGAUCUACUUAUCCACGCAGGUGGACCGUCUGCUCGGGAACAGCGAUGGCCGAAGCCCCGACGUGGUGACGCUCACGGUGACAUUCUUCUUGUUUGAAUUCCUGGCCGCCACGCAGGACAUCGCCGUGGAUGGCUGGGCCUUAACCAUGUUGUCGCGGGAGAACGUGGGCUACGCUUCCACCUGCAACUCGGUGGGCCAAACGGCGGGCUACUUUUUGGGCAAUGUUUUGUUCUUGGCCCUUGAAUCUCCUGACUUUUGUAACAAAUAUCUGCGGAUCCAGCCACAGCCCAGGGGAAUCGUUACGCUUUCAGAUUGGUUUCUCAGCAGCAGAUGCAGUGACAGGACUGAAGCUGGUAGAAGAAGGAGUACCCAAAGAGCAUUUAGCCUUAUUGGCAGUUCCCAUGGUUCCUUUGCAAAUACUACUGCCUCUGAUUAUCAGCAGGUACACUGCAGGUCCCCAGCCACUGAACAUAUUUUACAAAGCCAUGCCUUACAGGUUACGUUGUACAGCAUGUAUGUUUCCAUAAUGGCUUUCAAUGCCAAGGUCAGUGAUCCACUUAUUGGAGGAACGUACAUGACCCUCUUAAAUACUGUAUCCAAUCUGGGAGGAAACUGGCCUUCGACAGUAGCUCUUUGGCUUGUGGAUCCCCUCACAGUGAAAGAGUGUGUAGGAGCAUCAAACCAGAAUUGUCGAACGUCUGAUGCUGUUGAGCUUUGCAAAAAAUUCGGUGGCUCGUGUGUUACAGCACUGGAUGGUUACUACGUGGAGUCCAUUGUUUGUGUUUUUAUUGGAUUUGGCUGGUGGUUCUUUCUGGGUCCAAAAUUUAAAAGGUUACAGGAUGAAGGGACAUCUUCGUGGAAGUGCAAAAGGAGCAAUUGACGCCUUCAGUUCUGGACGCUCUAGAAAGGUAACUGUAGAUGGGCUUUAGUACAGAGAGCUCUGACAGUCAGUGCACAGGAGCGUGGACAAGGACGCUAGUAACGUAAAGAUGCCAAAGGAGUGAAGAAGAGAGACCACUCUGUAUAGUUGAUUAUGUUGUUCCUUGCCUUGUCAAUGUAUUUAAAGUUUACUUCAAGUUCAGGAAAUUGGUUCUAAAACAACUUUUCUGGCCUUGUUAUGUGAUUUGUGUCUUCUUUGAUUGACUGACCGGAGCGUGUUUUAAGCCGCAGUGCAGUAGCCAUGGAAGCGGUAACCCUGCAGUCAAGUAUUGUUAUCAGUACCUGUUGUUGAGCUGUAUUUCAUGUUUUGGUGGAAUAUAUUAAGUGGGACAGACCUUGAUAUUCCAGUACCAACUACAACUAGUCUGACCUUGUUGAUGGCUAACAUCUUACUUUGAGUCACAAGUUAGGUAAAUUUCGUAUGGAAUUUGCUGAGGAGAGAGUGCAGACUACUGAAAUGCCAUUUUAGUUGUUUUUUUUUUUUUUUUCUGACCAUAACCACAUUGUAAGGAAUGAAUCUGUAUUAAAAAGACUGUUUUCAAUGCAUUUCCCGCUUUUGUAGGCAUUAAAGAUUCAAAUUAUUUUUUAUAAAAUGAAAGCUAUGAUUUUUAAUUUAUUGAUUUCCCCCACCCUCAUCUUUUUUGAAAGAUGUUUUGAUUCCUUGUUAAUUUUUACCCUGAAGCUUAUGCGAUGUAUUUUCUGUCACGAGUGCUUCAUGGCACUCAAACACAGUGAGGGAUCAAUCGAGCAUUGUACGUAUGUUCAUGGCAAAGGUUUGAAAAUAAAAAUUAAAUGUUAUUCUUUAAGUUUUUUUUUCUUUCCAUUACCAAAAGAACAGUAAAGCUGUCCUACUAAGUAAAAUUUAAAUGAGUAAUACCACAAUUUAAAAACUAAUGUUUUAAAGAGAGAGACAAAGACAUUUUUCGCUUUUGAAAAGUUAAAUCAUCUGGUUGAAGAAUGUUUCUGAAGCAAGCACUUUACUAGUGAGGAAAGAGCUCACAAUUACUUUAUGCCAAAUCAAGUACUGUAUUUCCACGUAUUAAAAUACUAAUUAUAAAUAAAAUUAUAAACUAUAAUUUCCAGUGGAGAGUUACUACCCCCGGAAAAUUGUCCUUUUGAGUACCUUGACAAAUUUCCAACAUAUCAUAUAUUCCCAGUGAUAAGGUUCUUUACAUAUUUUGUGUUGUUUAUUCCUCUAACUCUAGGGACUAUAUAAAUCCUUCAAAAAUUAGAGAAAAUGAGUCUUACAUGAUAACUUUAUCUUGGUGGGAAAAUAGAUACUAACUCCUAAUUUUGUUACUUUUAUGACAUAGGUUGGAUUUUAGGUUGGGGAUUUUAUAAGUAAUGGAGGAUAAAUGGGUGGGAGAAAAUGGCACUCAGCAUCUGAAGAAAGAUAGGUGCGGUGGCCUCCAGAGCUCAUGCGUUGCCCGUGGAAAGCCUGUGUGGGGCGUUGAUGUCAGAUCCUGAAGAAUCACCCGGAAAAAUGUUCAUCCUAGAACCAAACCACAGAUUGCAAUACUUUGUCACAUUGGUUUUCCAUUAUCAUGUAUUAUAAUUAAUAUACUUACUUGAAUAAAAAAAAGUAACUCUCACAUGUGAAAUGUAUUUUAAUUUUUAACUUUUGCAUUGAGAACUAUAUUGCCAUAAUUACAUCUUACCCUCUUGCCAUUGAGUCGAUUCUGACUGACAGUGACCCUGUAGGACAGUAGAACCGCCCCAUAGGGUUUUCAAGGAUAGGCUGGUGGAUUCAAACUACCAAUCUCUUGGUAAGCAGUGGUAGUCUGAACCACUGGAGCCACCGGGACUCCAAUUACAUCUUAUUUCUUCCUGUUUGUAUUAUUACAAAUUUUUCAUGUGUUCAAACAUAGUUGUAUAGGUUAAGUCUAUUGUUGAAUUUUAUCCCUUUCUUGCAACAGUUUUUUAUCUAACAAAUGUCAUUGUGGCCCUGAAACUCCUGACUUGCAAAACUCUGGAUGUGUACUUUUCUUUUUCUGGAGAGCAUUCUUGUUAAACUCCUUGAAUGAACUGUGAUAAAAAUAUAUAUAUAUAAGAA